AUGGCGGAGGGCCUGGAUGAGCUGUUGGAUGAAGUGGAGGCUAAAUUCUGCGGGCUGGACGCCCCGGGAGAGCCGCCCGGGCAUGGGGGCGGCCCUACCAGUGGCAGGACCCGGGCCAGGUUAAGUAAAAUGUGCAGUGAAGCUUCAAAAGGUGAAGAAGAUAUUGAUGGCCUAAUUAGUGAAAUCUUUGAGGAGCCCACCUUUGACAAAACGCCAAUUAAAUUGAAAGAUAAAUAUUCAAGUCACACAUCUGUCAGAACUUCUGCUCAAAUUCAAAGUAAAAGAUGCUGUCCAGUGUACCUUGGUGGAAGCUCCGCCCCAUUGGGUAUUGGAACAAAUAUUUCACAGAGAACAUGUGACCAGCUGCGCUGUACAGCCUGUGAUUUCCGUGUGUUAAGCUUCGACGACUGUCUGUGGGAUAAAUCAUGUGAUUACCUAUUUUUCAGGAAUAACAUGCCAGAACUCAGCAAAUUAAAAGCCAGAUUGGUAGAGAAGAAGGGAAGCCGAGCCUACGCCUGUCAGUGCAGCUGGAGAUCCGUUGAAGAGCUCAUUGAUCUCCAAACAGCCCCGCAGCUUCACUGGGUGUGUGGUCAACAUAAAGGAUGAAGCCUUCUCACGUUCU